GACCUGCAGAAGGAAGGAAGGAUCCACGAUAACCUCCACCAUGGCCUGGUCUCCUCUCCUCCUCAUCCUCCUCGCUCACUGCACAGUGUCCUGGGCCCAGUCUAGGUUGACUCAGCCGCCCUCAGUGUCUGGUUCUCUGGGCCAGAGGGUCACCAUCUCCUGCGCUGGAAGCAGCUCUAAUAUUGGUGGUUAUGGUGUGAACUGGCACCAACAAUUCCCAGGAAUGGCCCCCAAAACCAUCAUCUAUAGUGAUAACAAUCGACCCUCCGGGGUCCCAGAUCGAUUCUCCGGCUCCAGGUCUGGCAACACAGGCACCCUGACCAUCACUGGGCUCCAGGCUGAGGACGAGGCUGAUUAUUACUGCUCAGCGUGGGACAGCAGUGGCAGUGCUAUUGUGUUCGGCGGAGGGACCCAUCUGACCGUCCUCGGUCAGCCCAAGUCGGCCCCCUCGGUCACACUCUUCCCACCCUCCAGUGAGGAGCUCAGCGCCAACAAGGCCACCCUGGUGUGCCUCAUCAGUGACUUCUACCCCAGUGGCUUGACGGUGGCCUGGAAGGAAGACGGCAACCCUGUCACCCAGGGUGUGGAGACCACCAAGCCCUCCAAACAGAGCAACAAUAAGUACGCGGCCAGCAGCUACCUGAGCCUGUCACCGAACCGGUGGAAAUCUCACGGCAGAUUCACCUGCCAGGUCACGCACGAGGGGAGCACCGUGGAGAAGACAGUGGUCCCUGCAGAGUGCUCUUAGGUGCCUGAGACCCACACCCACCCAAGGGGAUAUGCAGCCAUUGAACCUCCAGGAAGGAUUCCCCUUGUACCAAGACCAUCCCAGCCCUUCUCCCAGCACCCAAUAAUUGCUCAAUAAAAUGUCUCUUACUCAAUCAGAAA